CACCUUAGCACUGGACAUGCUGGUAGAGAAAUGAACAUGGUGGUGAUAACGGGGAACCCCUCAAGCAGUCUCCUGGUGCGGUCCAGGUGGAGAUGGGUUUGAAGCUAUGGGAAUGGAGGGAGGCCUACUGGACCCGUCCAGAGCAGCAGGAACAAGGGGCUUCUGCAGGGAGGUUUCCAGGGUAGGGUAGGGGCCAUGCAAGUCUCCGAAGCCUGUUUCAGCCCCUUCAGGGCUGUAGCCGCCCAGCACCCCCAGUACUUGAUCUGUCCUGAGAAAGCCCUGAUACCUCUCUGUCCCUGAGCCAGUCUGGGAUCCCUGGGGCCAGGCCCCAGUGGAUCAGCUCCUCCCUCUUCCAUCUGGCCUCAUUUUUACUCAUCCAGCAAAUUUCCCUAAACCUGGACAAGGUAUCCGGCACUGGUGGAGGCCCUGGUGCCGCACGCCCCAACUCUGCAGCCCUGCCCAGGACAGCUCCCGCCUCCGAAGUGGGGGCUAGCCCUGGCCCAUGUGUCCAGGCCAGGGGUCAGGAGGGAGAAGCUCUUGUGGGCAAAGAUGGACAGUUCAGUCCUGCCUCCAGGUGCCUCCGGACAGGAAGGCAGAUACAUCCUUGUUACCUGGGCGGCCAGGAGAAGCUGCUCCUGAGGCAGCCUCCAGGAGCGGCCCCUCUUCAGGUAUGUAAACCCUACAUGGAAUUUUCUCUUUCCUGAAUCUCCAUGUUGUUAGAAGCCAAGUCAGGAGGAAAGCUGGAAAGGAAGCCAGGGACUUAGGGAUGCAGACCCCUUUACACACUGCAGUAAAGAUCCUUUGGCUGACCCAUCCUCAGCAAGCUGAACCCAUUCUUCCUCCUGCUGCCAGGCUAGAGAUUGGCUGUGUCCCCUGGCUGAACGCAGAGCUCUGGGUGGCCUUGGGGGAUGUGCUGGAGCCUAGCCCUGGAGGGGCGGGGCAGGCGGCUAGGGUUUCAGGUUUGUUUAUGCCUCUAGCAGGCACCUUGGGGCCAAGGGUGUGACACAGGGCUCAGCACUGACAUUCAGCAAAGCUCCCGAUUUCCCCAGAUUUCCCCGUUCUGCUGUGGGUGGGUAGGAGGGCGUUGGCUCUACAGUCCCAAGCAGGCCCGGGGUCUGGAGUUUUUUCCAUGGUGUUCUGGGGGGUGUGGGGUGCACUGUGGUCCUCAGCAAGCCUGGGCCAGCAGUGUGCCAGCUGGUGCACAGGAGCAACAGUUCACACCCAGGGCCGGCCUGAGCUCUGCCAGGCCCCACGACGGUGUUCUUUUCAGCAGGGUCAGUGCUAUUAAUAUCGGGAGGGCACACAGCCCCCAGCCGAGUGAUCCUCCUAAUGCCUGUGGCCUCAGCCUCUGAGGCGGCCGCGGGUCCUGUGCUUUCCACACGGGGCUCUUCCGACCCCUCCCCCAGCUCCUCACCUGCUGUGCUGCCUGCCCACCCAUGGAGGGGCAGUUCAGGUGGCCCCUGAGCUGUCCUGGGGGGCUGCUGUGGGUCUGAGAGGCACAGUGGAGAUGUCCCUGUACACACCUGGGAUCACCCUGCUGUCUGCUGUCCCCUGUGUCCCAGCCAUGAGCAGCCCCCCAGCUUACCCUGGCAUCAGGAUCUCGGGGUGCUGGGCCCUUGGAGCAGAAGGCAGCAGCCAUGCGGAAUCCUUGGACAGGCUCCUCCCGCCUGUGGGCACCGGGCGCUCACCCCGGAAGCGCACCACCAGCCAGUGCAAGUCUGAGCCGCCCCUGCUUCACACCAGCAAGCGCACCAUCUACACGGCCGGGCGGCCGCCCUGGUACAAUGAGCACGGCACACAGUCCAAGGAGGCCUUUGCCAUCGGUCUGGGAGGUGGCAGCGCCUCUGGGAAGACAACUGUGGCCAGGAUGAUCAUCGAGGCCCUGGACGUGCCCUGGGUGGUCUUGCUGUCCAUGGACUCCUUCUACAAGGUGCUGACCACGCAGCAACAGGAGCAGGCCGCCCACAACAACUUCAACUUCGACCACCCAGAUGCCUUCGACUUUGACCUCAUCGUGUCCACCCUCAAGAAGCUGAAACAGGGCAAGAGCGUAAAGGUGCCUGUCUACGACUUCACCACCCACAGCCGGAAGAAGGACUGGAAAACACUCUAUGGUGCAAACGUCAUCAUCUUCGAAGGCAUCAUGGCCUUUGCUGACAAGACGUUGCUGGAGCUCCUAGACAUGAAGAUCUUUGUGGACACGGACUCCGACAUCCGCCUCGUGCGGCGGCUGCGCCGGGACAUUAGCGAGCGAGGCCGAGACAUCGAGGGUGUCAUCAAGCAGUACAACAAGUUCGUCAAACCUGCCUUCGACCAGUACAUCCAGCCCACUAUGCGCGUGGCAGACAUCGUGGUGCCCUGGGGGAGCGGAAACACGGUGGCCAUCGACUUGAUCGUGCAGCACAUGCACAGUCAGCUGGAGGAGAGGAAGCUGCGCUGGGAUAUGGGGCUGCCGUACAUCACCUGGAGGGAAGGGUCAGGGCGAGACUUGGUCCUGAAGUUCAGCUGUUCCCCAGAGAGACAUGUUCUGGGAUUGAGGACCAGGGCCGCGCUGGCCUCGGCGCACCAGUGCCACCCCCUGCCCCGGACGCUGAGUGUUCUCAAGAGCACGCCGCAGGUGCGGGGCAUGCACACCAUCAUCAGGGACAAGGAGACCAGCCGUGAUGAAUUCAUCUUCUACUCCAAGAGGCUGAUGCGGCUGCUCAUUGAGCACGCGCUCUCCUUCCUGCCCUUCCAGGACUGCGUCGUGCAGACCCCGCAGGGGCAGGACUACGCGGGCAAGUGCUAUGCGGGGAAGCAGAUCACUGGCGUGUCCAUCCUGCGUGCGGGUGAGACCAUGGAGCCGGCGCUGCGGGCUGUGUGCAAAGACGUGCGCAUCGGCACCAUCCUCAUCCAGACCAACCAGCUCACCGGGGAGCCCGAGCUCCACUACCUGCGGCUGCCCAAGGACAUCAGUGACGACCACGUGAUCCUGAUGGACUGCACGGUGUCCACGGGCGCGGCAGCCAUGAUGGCUGUGCGUGUGCUCCUGGACCAUGAUGUUCCGGAGGACAAGAUCUUCCUGCUGUCGCUGCUCAUGGCCGAGAUGGGUGUUCACUCGGUGGCCUACGCAUUCCCACGAGUGAGGAUCAUCACCACGGCAGUGGACAAGCGUGUCAAUGACCUGUUCCGCAUCAUCCCAGGCAUUGGUAACUUCGGUGACCGCUACUUUGGGACGGACGCGGCACCUGACGGCAGCGAUGAGGAGGAAGUGGCCUCCACAAGCUAGCUGCCCGCCCUGAGCCUUCCUGCUCUUGCCACCACCCAGCUUCUUCCUGCCUCAUGGCCUUGCUUACAGACAUGUCCUAACUUAUUUUAAUUAAAAAGGGUAUGACGGCUGUAACUUACUCUAUACAUUUUAUAAAAUAAAGUUUGGGAAAAUGAA